GUAUGCGCCAGAGUAAUUGAUUGUAUGUGGUGGUGGUUCAAGUGACUGUUUGCAGCCUGUGUUUGCAUACGAUCCAGCCAACGUCAAUGAGUCAGGUCUAAGAAGCUGAAUUGAAAUCGCAGCAGCGACACAUACACAGCUUGGGUGGCUCGCACACAAAUAUGCACAAAUCAAAUGAUGGAACAACAACAACAACAACAAUAGCGACAGUGACAGUGACAACGGCGUCAAUGAGUAUGCUGAUUGUUGGAGAACACACCAAACCGAAUGAAUGAGUGUGUGCAAACUGUGCUGAACUGAGCGGACUGAGUGUGUGAGGAUUCCAUUUUAUAUAUCGGUACACAAACAAAUUCGACGACAUCGAAUCGACGUAUUAGCACUACAUACGCUUCGACAGAGUGAGUUACCAAUACCGUAGUACUGCAUUCAAAUUGUUAUUUUUUUCCUGCUCGCUACGUAUAGUUCUCUCCGUUUUUUCUCCGUGUACAUUCUCUUGAAGUGUGUUGAUUUUUUUUCGGUGUUAUUUUUCUGUUGUGUUUUUUCAUUCGAUUAUGUGUGCUCACUGUUUGCUUUAGUUAUACAUUACUUUCGGUCGCAUUUCGGUGGUGUCUUGCUGUCGUCUUGAAUACGCUCGUCGCAAAUAGCUCGCAAAAGAGGAAAGGAAAAAUAAAGUAAAUAAAAUAAGUUCGAUUUCAUCGGCGGCAAUUUGUUAUUUUAUCCUCUGAGGGAUUGUGUAUGUUUGUGUGAUUCAUGUAAUCCAACGUAUUUCUCUGUGUUUUUUUUUUUAUUAAUAUCGAUCCCUCCAGCCGAUGGCAUCAAACAAAUAAAAAAGAUAAUCGAUAUUUUUGAUGGACUGUUUUACGGAACUCAAAUUGUUGGCUUCGUUUUAUUGGAAAUUCAAUCAAACCGCUUAAAUACGGUGGCAUUUGAACCAGCAGAAGAAGAGGAAGACAAAGAGAAAUACACCGGAACAAAGUGUAGUGAGAAAUAAGAGGGCCAUUAGCCACCCACAAGCAGAUUGGAUAGCAUUGCAUUUGGCGGACACUCCCGGCACAAAGGACACACAAAACCAAUAUGAGUGAUGAACGCUCGGUUACGAUUAACUUGCCAUUAGUACAAUCGUCUGGAUCAUUGAAUAGUAGUAAUACUGCCAACGGAAAUGGCAUAAAUAGCCAGCAAACAGCCCAAACACCGACCACCAGCAAUAGUGGCGGCAGCGCCAGCAGUGGCAUUACGGUUCAAACAGCGUUACCUGGAAGCAACAGCUUUAGCGUUGGAACAAAAGCCAAUCAAUCAAUUAUCUCCGAUGCACCAGUUACCGAUCCCGGCGGCAACACCACCAAACAGGAAACGAAAUCGGGAGCAUUGAAAAAGACGAGCCGUUACCGCAGUCGAAGUUUAUCAGCAUCAUCAACCGACUCAUAUAGUUCGGCUUCAUACACUGGCAGCAGUUCGGAGGAUGAUGAUGUUUCGCCACGCGAAAAAACCCAGCAAAAUUCCAAGGGCUACAAUGAUUUCUGUGUGCGAAGUAUUAACCAGCACGCUUUCGGACGACGUGAAAUUGAGAUUGCCGAACAAGAAAUGCCUGGCAUUGUUGCAUUGCGAAAGCGCGCUAGCGAGGAUAAACCACUGAAAAAUGCAAAAAUCGUUGGUUGUACGCAUAUAAAUGCACAGACGGCCGUUCUUAUUGAGACACUUGUUGAACUGGGCGCAUCGGUGAGAUGGACCGCAUGCAAUAUUUAUUCAACACAGAAUGAAGUUGCCGCUGCUUUAGCCGAAGCUGGCUUUCCAAUAUUCGCUUGGCGCGGCGAAACUGAAGAGGACUUCUGGUGGUGCAUUGAUAAAUGUGUCAAUGCAGAAAACUGGCAGCCCAACAUGAUCUUGGAUGAUGGAGGCGACGCAACUCAUUUGAUGUUAAAAAAAUAUCCGGCCAUUUUCAAAUUGGUAAAAGGAAUUGUCGAAGAGAGCGUAACAGGCGUCCAUCGUUUGUAUCAGCUGUCAAAAGCAGGCAAACUGACCGUACCAGCUAUGAAUGUCAACGAUUCCGUUACCAAAACGAAAUUCGACAAUUUGUACAGCUGCAAAGAGAGCAUCAUCGAUAGUUUAAAACGUUCGACGGAUGUAAUGUUUGGUGGCAAGCAAAUCGUAAUUUGUGGCUAUGGUGAGGUGGGCAAAGGGUGUGCGCAAGCAUUAAAAGGACUUGGUUGUAUAGUCUAUAUAACGGAAAUCGAUCCGAUUUGUGCGCUGCAAGCGUGUAUGGAUGGUUUUCGUGUAGUGAAACUGAACGAAGUGGUACGUAAUGUGGAUAUUGUUGUAACGGCAACCGGCAAUAAGAAUGUGGUGACACGCGAACACAUGGAUAAAAUGAAAAAUGGUUGCAUUGUAUGUAACAUGGGUCAUUCGAAUACGGAAAUCGAUGUGAAUAGCUUGCGCACACCGGAUUUGACAUGGGAAAAGGUCCGAUCACAAGUUGAUCACAUCAUUUGGCCGGAUAGUAAGCGAAUUAUUUUGUUGGCCGAAGGUCGUCUCGUAAAUUUAUCGUGCUCGAGUAUACCGUCGUUUGUUGUUUCGGUUACAUCAGCCACACAAGCACUAGCUUUAAUCGAAUUAUUCAAUGCACCGGUCGGUCGCUAUAAAUCCGACGUAUAUUUGCUGCCAAAAAAGAUGGACGAAUAUGUGGCCAGUCUACAUUUGCCCACAUUUGAUGCGCAUCUAACUGAACUGAGCGACGAACAAGCCAAAUAUAUGGGCUUAAACAAGGCUGGCCAAUUCAAACCUAAUUAUUACCGCUAUUGAAUUAUCAUCAGGUACUAAUCGAUCCUUCAGAUCCUCCAGCCGAUUCAACCAAUAGUGCAGUCAAUUAUCCAAAACGAGAAUAAAACAGUUGUCCUAUAUUCUAUGCACCAAUCGAGAUAUUAAAAAAAAAACUAUUUAAAUGAACAGUUUUGUUCAAUGCUCGACUAAAGAAGAUCUUAGCAUUGCUUUCCAUUUCGAAAGUGUGUGCAAACAUAAAUUAUUAGUGUAUAAAAAUUGUUGAAUAAGAAUUAUUAUGACAAAAUGAAAAACAAAACAAACACAAGAAAACAGUUAAGAAAAAAAAAUUUGAACGCUAAUUUGUCUCUCUAACUUAAAGGUGAUUGACCUUCAAAAACAAAACCACGCGGCGGUUCCAAUAGCCGCAAGCUAAAAAUAAAAACUCACCCAAAAGCAAAUGAGCGCACGAUACUAUUCAUUCACUUCCCAAAUGAACCAUUUGCGGAGAUAUCCAGUGUACAGCGGAGCUGUGCGGAGUUCGGCGGAGAUACCGUACAUACGCUAUACGUGUGAGCGAAAUAGCACUCUUUGCUGUGUUUACAUUUCUAUUGUUCAAUACACAUCAAAGUAGCCAUGAGCGCAUUGCUUCAGAUAUAGUGUAUGUAUGGCAUAUCCGCCGAACUCCGCACAACUCCGCUGUGCACUGAAUUUCUCCGCAAAUGGUUCACAUGGGUCACAACAACUGCAUUAAUGAAAAAAAUAAGAACUAAAUUAGCAAUACAAGAUUUAAACAAAAUGAGAAGAAGAAAAAAAAAUAAUCGAAAUGAUGGAAUGCCAGUGAAUAAAAUCAGGUGCUUUUUGCUCAUUCUUUUUAUAAGAAACAAUGGUAGUUGAGAACCCUGUUUGAAGAAAAAAUAAAAAAAUAAAAACAACAAAAUCACAAAAAAAAAACACUUCACUGAUUUUCGGAGUCUUCCGUUUUCUUUUCAUUUUCCAAACAUAGAGUCAGCGGAUUUCAAGUUCAAUAGUAAAAUGAAGCGUGAAAUACAACAACUGAAAUUUCAAUUAUCAACAAAGAAAAAAUUGCAUUAAAACGAAUAUAAGUUGUGUUUAGAAACAAAGCAAAACCAUAACAGUGAAUCAACAAAUUGAGGCCAGAUCAACUGAUUUUUCUGUUUCAAGUUAGCCUAUGUGUCAUCUGUCAUGCCAUCACUAAAUUAAAUGAAUUUUUUUUUUUAAGAAGUAAGCGCGAUCGCGACAAACAAUGAAUUAACAUCCAAGAAAAAAUACCAAAAUUGUUCAGUUUUCAGUGUGAUAUUGUGUAUGAUUGGCCUAAGAAGAUAUAUGUUUGAUAAUAAUUGGCAUGCAGACGAUCUCAAUGCAUAGUGACGUGUUUUGAAUUGUACUUUUUUUUUUCUUUUCUUUUCUUCUGUUUUUUUGUUCUUGUUUCGUUUCAAACGCCGAAUCUCAUCAUUUGUCUCAAUUUCCAACGCAUUCUUUUCAUUUAUAUAUUUCGAUAUAAAGAGCUAAUAAGGUAGAUUGAAAUAAUGCUGUGGCAUGAAAUAAAACUAGAUUUUAACCGAAAAAA